UUUAAGCUUUAACGACCAAACCAUAAAAUACACAAUUAAAAAAACGAGUUUGAUUGUCAACGGAAGAAUGAAGAAUCAUCAAAACCAAAACCAGCUUACAAGUUGCAAUGUGUAAGCUGUACCUCUCAUAAUCAUCAUCAUUCUCUCUCUAAAUUACUCUUUCAGAUCUCUUUCUUUCUCUCUCUUCUUUCAAUUGACUCUCAAACAAUUCAUUUCAUUCCAAACUUUUUACAAAUACAAAGAGUUUUUUGUCAACCCCUUUUUCCCACCAACCUAAGUACCCAACUACAGAACACAACUACAACUACAACCCUUUAACUAGUUUAAGCUUUGGUUUGGUGCUGUUUUUAAGUUUUUUUUAAAUGGGUUGUUUUCAGUCAAAACUGGGUCCACUUAAACAACCCCUUAAUCACGCUACAAUCAAUGGUGGUGGUUCCGCCGUUGUCGGUGAUGGUGCUUCGGCGGGUUUCUCAGAGUUUACUUUGUCGGAGUUGAAGACGGCCACCGACAACUUCAGUUUGAAAUCGAUUGUUUCAGAAGGUGGUGAAAAGGCUCCUAAUGUUGUUUAUCGUGGCCGUCUUCAAAACCGUCGAUUGAUCGCUGUUAAGAAGUUUUCUAAGCUUGCUUGGCCUGACCCUAAACAAUUUGCUGAAGAAGCAAAAGGAGUUGGGAAAUUGAGGCACAAGAAAUUGGCGAAUUUGAUUGGGUAUUGUUGUGAUGGAGAUGAGAGGUUAUUGGUUGCGGAGUUUAUGCCUAAUGAUACUCUUGCUAAACAUCUCUUCCAUUGGGAAAACCAAACUCUUGAGUGGGCAAUGCGACUGAGAGUUGCUUUAUAUAUUGCUGAAGCUCUGGAGUAUUGCAGCACCGAAGGUCGCCCACUUUAUCAUGACUUAAAUGCAUACAGGGUUCUCUUUGAUGAGAAUGGUGAUCCACGACUUUCUUGUUUUGGCCUGAUGAAAAACAGCAGAGAUGGAAAAAGUUACAGCACAAAUCUUGCCUACACACCACCAGAGUAUCUAAGAAAUGGAAGAGUUACCCCAGAAAGUGUAGUCUUCAGUUUCGGAACAGUCCUUUUGGACCUCCUUAGUGGCAAGCAUAUUCCUCCGAGUCAUGCUCUUGACAUGAUACGAGGCAAAAACAUUCUUGUUCUAAUGGACUCGCAUUUGGAAGGCAACUUCUCAAACGAAGAGGCAACAGUUGUUUUUAAUCUUUCCUCGCAGUGCUUGCAGUAUGAACCUAGAGAGCGACCAAAUGUCAAAGACCUAUUUACAACACUUGCUCCGCUGCAGAAUAAAGCUGAUGUUCCAUCUUAUCUAAUGCUGGGAAUACCAAAGCCUGAAGAUGUACCUCCUACACCUCCGCAACCACUUUCUGCCAUGGGAGAUGCCUGUUCUCGUUUGGACCUCACUGCAAUCCAUCAAAUACUGGUUUCAACACACUACAAAGAUGAUGAAGGGACCAAUGAGUUAUCUUUUCAAGAGUGGACACAGCAGAUGAGAGACAUCUUGGAGGCAAGAAAGCGUGGUGAUUUGGCAUUUCGUGAUAAAGAUUUUAAGACUGCAAUAGAUUGCUAUUCGCAGUUUAUAGAUGUUGGAACUAUGAUCUCUCCAACUGUUUAUGCUCGCCGAAGUCUUUGCUAUCUGUUCACAGACCAGCCUGAUGCAGCUCUAAGAGAUGCAAUGCAAGCACAAUGUGUAUACCCAGACUGGGCAACAGCUUUCUACAUGCAAUCAGUCGCCUUAUCGAAGCUAGACAUGCACAAAGAUGCAGCUGACAUGUUGAAUGAGGCUGCUCAAUUAGAAGAUAAACGACAGCGUAGUUUGAAAGGAAACUGAGGACCAAACUCUUGUAUAAUUCUUUCAUAAUUGGUUCUCAGUUGUUUGUUUUAGUCUUCAUAGUACAGAGGGUGUGUUGGGUGUAUGUAUUACUCUUGCAUUUUGAUGCUGUACCAUAGAGGGAGAGGAGUGUUUAUUUUCUUGUGAAUGUCAGUGGUGCCAUUUAUUAGUAUCAAAAUUCUUUGAAAUAAUUUUAUAUAUGUAUUUUGUACAUUUUCAAACCUAUAAUACAACACAAUUUUGGGAA